CUGGGUGACCCUGGACCAGUCACUGCCCAGCCCCCACCCCUCCUCUGCCUUAAGGCCAGUGCCCAGGGUAGAUUCUGAGGCGGAAGUGAAGGGAGCCUUUCCUGACCGGAUCCUGGAUCCUCCUUCCCACAACCCUCAGGGUUUCCUGUGUGUCACGUGCUUCCUCACUGCCUCCCCGUCCUGCUCCCAGGGUGAAAUGACUUGUCCAGCUUCCACCGCUGGGAAGACUUUGAGGCCCGAUUUGAACCCUGGUCCAUGCAAUUUUGUGGCUUCUCGAGGGUGGUGACUGUUGCCUUUUAGACCAGUUCGCAGGGGGCCGGGCCUCAUUGAUUGCCCCUCCCACUCCCUCCGGAAGGUUCUGGCCAGUUUCCGCUGCCAGAUGCGUACCCAGCAUGUGACCUUGGGCCAGUCUCUUCACCCUGUUGGCCUCGGUUUCCCCAUCUGUCAAAUGAGCCGGAGAAGGAAAUGGUGAACCUCUCUGGUAUCUGCCAAGAAAGCCCUGACAGGGAUCCGUAGUCUGACCCAGAAGCCCCGCGGGCAGGCCUGACAAACUGCCCUUUGCCUGUCGGGCUGUAAAAUGGGGCUGGUCGGGGCUCUGAUCCUGGCGGUGGGGAUCUACGCCGAGGUGGAGCGGCAGAAGUACAAGACCCUGGAGAGCGCCUUCCUGGCCCCAGCCAUCAUCCUCAUCCUCCUCGGAGUCAUCAUGUUCGUGGUCUCCUUCGUGGGGGUCCUGGCGUCCCUCCGGGACAACCUGUGUCUCCUCCAAGCGUUCAUGUACAUCCUGGGGAUCUGCCUCAUCAUCGAGCUCAUCGGGGGCGUCGUGGCCCUGACCUUCAGGAAUCAGACCAUCAAGUUCCUGAACGACAACAUCCGCAGAGGGAUCGAGAACUACUACGACGACCUGGACUUCAAGAACAUCAUGGACUUUGUCCAGGAGCAGUUUAAGUGCUGCGGCGGCGAAGACUACACCGACUGGGCCCAGAACCAGUACCACAACUGCAGCGCGCCCGGGCCCCUGGCCUGCGGGGUCCCCUACAGCUGCUGCGUCCGGAACAAGGUAGGGUCGGGGCCGCGGCUCGGCGCACGCUGCUGUUUGUCGGUGCCAUUUGGAUGGGUUUGGAGGGAGGGAAGAAAGCAGAUGUGCCCAGUGGCUCUAGGACGGGCCUGGCGCGGGGCCGUCUUUGGUCCGGGCUCUCGUUCCCCUCGUGCCAAUGGCCACGCCCGAGGCAGGACUCUAACCCGGGGCUUCCGCCCUCUCUCGGCUCAGGUUCUCGCUUCCAGCCUCGGACAGGCUACCGGCGGACAUCCAGCCGCCAAGAAUCCUGUGUGGAAGCCAAGGCCGGGAGGGCGACACUCGAGACGAGCCGCCUUCCCGGCUCCGGCUCCUGCUCGCCGCCAGGCUUUGGCCCACACCGAUGGGGCAUAAAGAAAGGCGGGCCGCCCCCUGGGCCGCCGAAUGGGUACCGAUCACCUGCCUGCGUGGCCACGGCAGGCUCCCCGGCGCGCCCAGGAAGGCCCAGGCUCUCCGGAAGGGUCCCUGCUGUGUGGACGCCCCCGAGCUAACCUUCUCCAGAGGUUUGGAGCCGCAGGAGGCGUGCUGCGUCGGCCGCUCCUGUGCAAGAAAUCCCAGCAUUCCCAGGCAGACGGCGAGCUCUGCGGGGGGGCCGGCAGGGGGCCAGCGUCCCGCCCAUCCAGAGCCCAAACGACUAUGGAGGAUCCUCCCCGAUGUUAAAAUCAGGCUGGGAAGACGACGAGGAAGUGUCGCGUCACGGACAAUCCUAGUAAAUUCAUGUUAGAUCAGCGCCAUUAAUCAUCAGAGGACACUCGGGAGACAGGACACGACUCGGCUGGCCGCGUGGUUUGGGUCAGAACAGGGUCGCGGCUCUGAGCUUUUACUGGGCGUGGGCACUCGGAAAGUUAGCGCAAGCACACGCUUUGUCGGUCAGUCAGUGAGCGCGUAUCAAGUGCCUCCACGCGCCAGGCACUGGGCGCCGAAUGAAAACGACACGCGCUUCGGCAGCACAGAUCUGAUUGUGCAGCCACUCGUGUCAGGGAGGCGUCUCCACUGCCAAGAUCUUGGGUGGGAGUGAGUCUGAGCAGGCCUUGGUGAAAGGCAGGGAAUGAUUCGCACUCAGGUCCAGAGGGGGUGGCCCAAUUCCCUGGGCCUCCCCCUUCAAUACCAGCCUCGGGGGCAAGAGAGGCGAUCCCGAACGUGCCCUGGCCGAGAGGUCUAGCCUGUCCUCGUCUUCCCCUCCCCCUCUCUCGACGCCCAGCGCCGCUUCCAGAAGUCACCACCACAACCGAGAGGGAACGUCCCGUUCGUCGGGGAUCGGGGAGCCCCUGCCGGCUUCGGGGGACGAGAGCCCUUCUGUGCGCUCCUGAGAGCCGGCCCGGCAUCAGCAGACGCCCGUCACCGCGACGGAGAGCAUCUCCAGCGGCAGGGCGCGAACUCGGAGCCCUCCUCUUGGGGCACCUUCCCCUUCGGGCGCGAUGACGCCUCCCCUGGCCAGCAGCGAAUGAGGCCCCUCUUGGCUGGGGCGCGCGAGACUGCCGAGCUUGGAGGACCUUCCUGGAAGGUCGCGUUCUGGCUUCUGGCCGGUCCCUGUCAUUGAAAAGGGAAGCCAGAAGAUCUCCCGAGAAGGUCCACAGGAGCCACGGGGCCAGACGGAGCGGAAGGAGCCCAAGGGAGGAGGGGGGCGUCCGCUCUCCGGCUCUCUCUGGAAGGGGUGGAGGGCCUUGUUCAUCCUGAGCCUGGAAGAGUGAGGUAAAGGGCUCGGGGAAGAAAGGCAGGCGGAGGUUCUAGAGAAGGCCGUGGCACGAAUACCAGCCUUGGGCUCCGAAGCUCCGGGUUCGAGUCCUGGCUCCUGGGCAAGUCACUCGAGCCUCAGUGGGGCUGACCGGGGCAGUGCGUGAGCUGCUUCUGCAUUUUCCCAUUAGGGGUCCAGGGACUUGUCCGGAGCUUCUUUGUUUUUAGAAAUCCUGGCCCUGGGUCUUACAAUUGAAACUAAGUAUUGGUUCCAAGGCAGACGAGGGCUAAGGGCUGGGCGGUCGGGGUUAGGAGACUUGCCCAGGGUCACGCUGCUGGGAAAUAGGUGAACUUACUUUAAAAUAGUAUUUUGAGAGCAUAAAUUCACGGUGGGUUCCCUUCGCCAUCCUUUUUUCCAUCUGAAAACAUGAUUCCUUUGCCAGACAUUGCUAGAGGGGUCCAACCCCGUGCGCCCCCCCCAUGAGUGCGUGACUUAGGGGAAGGCGGGAGUAAAGCAGGGGCCCAGCCCAGUGGAGCGCCUCCUGCGCACGAGGCUGCCCCUCGGGUCCCAGGUCCGCGCCUCAUGUUGGGAGGGGAGGGAUCUGGGCUCGGAGGAAGGGUCCCAGGUAAGUGAGCAGGAAUCUGUUCGUUGCAGAAGUCGCCGCUUCUCCAGGGGCU